CUGAGAGACCGGAAGUGCCUGGAACGUUGGCCCGGGAGGCCUGUGUCAACUUGCAGAGUUUGUGUAUCAAUUUGCAAACGGAAGGAGGGGGCAGACAGGAUGCAGCUGACCAGGCACAGCGACCACGUACUGCAGCAGUUGUGCUCCCAGCUGGAAUACGGCUUCCUGUGCGAUUGCUCCAUAACCGUGGGCGAUGUCCACUUCCGGGCUCACCGGGUCGUGCUAGCAGCCUGCAGCUCCUACUUCCACAAGCUCUUUGUGAAUCAGCCGGCCGAGGCCUCACACGUGUGCCUCAGCUCACAGGCCGUCAGCCCUGACCACUUCGACCUGAUCCUGCAGCUGAUGUACACGGGCCGCCUGGCGUCUUCGCCUCCCGACCCCGACAGGUUCCGGGCCUCCCUCAACUUCCUGAAGCUCUACAACGCUUCCCGGUUCCCCGUCCCAGCGGUGGCGGCUGGAGGGAAUGAGGAGGCAGCCCCUCAGGCUUCGGCGGGUGGCAAGGGGGAGAGGUUGGUCUUUGGCGUGGAGCUGUGCCACUGGGACAGGAACAGGCCGGACGCUGCCCCCACGCAGCAGCACCACCACCACCACCAGCCUCCAGUCUCCAUCAAAUCGGAAACGCCCGAGGGGCCGCCGGGUAUACAGCUCCAGCUGCGCUGCCCCCUCUGCGGCCUGGCCUUCGAGCAGCCCCACACUUUGCAGGAACAUCUGCCCAGCUGCCUGCGGGCGAGGGAUGGCACGGCGAUGGCCGCUGCCGACGGGCAGAGCCCUGUGCCCGAGGUGAAGCAAGAGGUCCCCGAGAGGAGGUGGGAGGGGGACGGGGGCCUUCCUGAGGAGCAGGGGGCCGGCGGCUUGAAGCCGCCGAAGGUGGAAGCCCCCGAGGAAGGGUCGCAGGGGGAGCACCACCCCCUGGUGCUGGAGCUCAGCGGCAUCACGGUGGUGAGGGUGGGAGGUGAGGAGCGGGAGCCCGGGGUCUCCCUGGAUCGCCCUCCGGAGGAUUACGAGCUGGAGGAGGGAGAGGUGCGGUUCCCGGGAGACGACGACCUGGUGCUGGAGAACCCCUCGGAGGAUGGCUCCUUUAGCAGCUCCAGCUCCGGUAGCAGCUCCACCUCUGACAGCGAGGCCUUGCCCCCGAGCCCGGAGCCCAGCGAGGACGAGGGCCGGGCCCCCCGGAGAGCCUGGAGUUGCCAGACCUGCCAACCGUCAGAGAGGCGAUGUGUGCCUCCGCGGAGCCGGGCGAGGGCCCGGGGGAAGGUGGAGUGUGCCCAUCCGCCCCCAACCACCUCCUUGCGGUGCUGCGUGGCAGAGGGCAGUGCACACCCAGACAUUGGGCAUCAACAGAGCUGCCAGGAGUGGGAGAGGAGCCGGGCCCUGGACUGCGUGCUGUCCAGGGGUGCAGUGACAGGGCGCAGCAAGAAAGGGCCAAAGGCAGGCAAGCAGCUGGGGACAUCCUGUCACAAGAAGGGCACGGAGGCCGCGCCAGGGAAGCAGCGGCGUUUGGCCAAGGCGUCGGCACCACCCAGCGCCAGGAAACACGGCGUGCCGUGUAAACACUCCUGCCAAGUCUGUGGCAAAGGUUUCCUACAGCGGGGACACCUGACCGCGCACGUGGCCAGCCACAUAGGCAGGGUCGGGGGGUUCCCCUGCCAUGCGUGCGGGCAGGAGUUCCCGCGGGAGCGCGAGCUGCGGCUCCACGCGGCCUCCCACGCUGGCGACACCCGCUAUGCCUGCCGGCUGUGUGGCCAGGGCAGCCGCCGCAAGCACGGCCACCUGCGGCACAUGGCCGGCCACCUCUCCCCGGGCCAGGUCCUCUGCCGGGUCUGCUUCGAGAUCUUCCGUGGCGCACCGGAGCUGCAGCGCCACCUCGAGAACCACCUCUAUCCCUGCGGCGUGUGCGGCGAGAAGUUCAAGCGUAAAAAAGAUGUGGCGGGCCAUUCUGCCAGCUGCUGGAUGAAGAAACUGAUGAAUUCUGAACCCGACAGGCCCCCGAACCGUCAGGAGAACGCGGAUUAACCCUCUAACCUUUCCUCCCAGCUCCCACAAACAAGGAAUCUGUGUCACGCCCCAUCUUCCACUGCAUUGUAAGCUCCCUUAGUGAGCUGCACAGUACAGAAGGUCCCAGUUAGAUCCAUUUCUGAAUUAGUCUCUUGCGACCAGGACAGUGGUAGAUGGAUGUAGAGGGGUGGUUCCAAUUAACUUUCAGCCAGGGUUUUCCAUUCAACGUUGCAGUACCUCUUACUCCUAUUUGCGUGGACAAGGCAGAGAAUGGGACCAGGCUGCCUGGCAGUGUUGGGACUGAGCAGGAAUACUCCAGUUGGCAUGACACCUCCAUGAUGCCCAAUCUGCAAUAACAACCUCAAGCAGCAUUUCUCACUCUUGUCCUCCAUUCCUUCCAUCCAAAACCUCAGCCCCAGUUUUAUAUCAGAUUUUGCAUGUGAAAAGCCUAUGUUUAAGGGCAAAGUCAUUGCACAGUAAACGAGAUAUUCGGAGGGAAGGGAAGAGAGAGCUUACUGAUACAUUAAAAUUCGGUGCUUGACCAGGGCAGGAUUGAAAUCCAAUCACCCCAACCCCGCAAAAACAGACACUCCCAAUGCAACCCUUCCACAUCUGAACAAAAGUGUCCAACCUGGCAGGGGAGUAGCUGGGAUCCAUGUGGAAGCUGAAAGCCAAUGGGAAAUCAGUGCCAAAUCUGAGAAAGGCAGCCAGUGGAGGGAAACACCAUUAGUGGUCAUUGUCUGAUCUCCAGCAGCUGCUCAGGUAUUGGGACAGCACAUGGCUGUUUGACUGUUGAUGUUUGGAGAUUUGAAAACCCGCAGUUUGUGUUUCAAACAGUAUUCGUUUGUAACUUGAGUUUUGUACACUGUUUUCUAUUAAGUGAAAAGUCUUAUGGUCAGUGUACAAAUAAUUAAAAUUAUUCUUAACAUAAA